UCCACGCACUGCUAGCUCUGUUCAAGUACGCUGGAGAUGAUAGUGAGGAUUUUUUUUGCCUAUAGGUGUACUAAUCCCAGAUCAACAACUCCAGGAUUUCACUGGACUGAUCAAUGAUGCUCCCCAGCAUCUUUACUUGUGACCAUCCCCUGUUCUCUGUAGUACAAAAACAGCAACCCUGAUUCUUAUGGUUGUACUUUAGGAAGGUCUGAAAACUUUUGGAGUGCCGUGGAGACAGAAGAGGAUGGUUUUCCAAGCACGUGUAAUGGCAAGGUCUGCUUGAGACAGUGGAAGGAGAGAGGUCAAACGGUGCGGUUUAAUCAGCUUAGGACAGAUUCUGCUGAUGAAUUAAAAUCCUGUAACUCAUUACAAGGAGUCUGGAAAGAGAGUUGGCUGGAGAGUCCGCUACCAUUUCAGGAAAUCAGGAGGCACUCACAACAAAACCAGCGAUGCCAGCGAUUAAUAUAGAGGAUCUGAGUGAGAAGGACAAACUGAAAAUGGAAGUGGAACAGCUCCGGAAAGAAGCAAAGUUGCAAAGACAACCGGUUUCUAAAUGUUCAGAAGAAAUUAAAAAUUAUAUUGAAGAAAGAUCUGGAGAAGACCCUCUUGUGAAAGGUAUUCCUGAAGACAAGAAUCCUUUUAAAGAAAAAGGAGGAUGCAUUAUUGCUUAGAAGAACAAGACCAUUUUGUAACAGGAACGUCAAAUGCUCAUGAAAAGAAAUUUAGUCUGGGUUAAGUUCCAGCGGUUCUGAAUUGUCUUUUUAUGAGAACAGAAAUGCUUGCUUAUAAUUUCAUUCCUUUAUGUGUUCUUGUUUCUUAAUCUCCUGUACAUGCUAACUUGAACUUGAAGAAAUCUAUCUGUAUAACCAACUUUUAAAACUGUAUUGUAUACUGUAUUAAUAUUGAUGGAACUCGCCAUGAGCCUGCUUGCGGGGAGGGCGGGAUAUAAGUCCAAUACAAUAAAAUAAAUAAAUAAACUAGAGUGUUAUUUUGGUAAUGCCAGUUCAACAUACAUGAUUUUAAAAACUUUCUUUUCUUUUGCAGAACACAGAAUUUAAGUUCAAUUGCAUGACAAUGUUGUACUGCAUGCCAAAAUACAAUUUUGUUAACAUAAACCAUGAAACCUUGACAAUGUCAAUCCAAAGAUGUGUGCAUGUACACAAAUUAUACCCAGAAUUAAAC